CAACUGUUAAAACACAUCUCAGAAUGCUUCAUCAAACCAAAGUAUGAGGUACAUGAAGCCAAACAGCCAUACUACUUGGGUCCUGUGGAUUUAGCCAUGCUCUUUGCGCAUUACAUCCAACAGGGUCUUCUCUUCACCAAACCAUCAAACUUAGGCGAUGAACAAUUCUCCAUACACGAACUCCUUCAAUGUCUCAAGAAAUCUCUUUCCCUCACCCUUGUCCAUUUCUACCCAUUGGCAGGUCAUCUUGAAACACAAACAGAUGAAGAAGAGGGACAAAAGUGCUUGGUCUUUGUCGACUGUAACAAGGGUCCUGGUGCGAGGUUCAUCCAUGCUACGUUAGAUAUGACCAUAUCCGACAUACUUUUACCAACUGAUGUUCCUGAAGUUGUCCAGUCGUUUUUUGACCAUGACGGGGCUGUUAACUAUGACGGCCAUUACAGGUCUUUGUUGACGAUUAAAGUUACUGAGCUCCUAGAUGGGGUUUUCAUUGGCUGCUCCAUGAAUCAUGCUCUUGGAGAUGGGACUUCAUACUGGCAUUUCUGGAAUGUCUGGUCCGAGACUCAUAAAGCAAAGCUCGAAGAAUCAGUUCCUGUUUUACGUAUGCCAAUCCAUGACCGGUGGUUCCCUGACGGAUAUGGCCCACCCAUUUUCCUCCCGUUUACCCAACCAGAUGACUUUGUUGUUAGCCUACAUGAAACACCUGAUCAACUCAGAGUCAGAAUCUUCCAUUUCUCAUCCGAGUCUAUAGCAAGACUAAAAUCAAAGGCAAAUGAAGAAACUCACAAUAAUAAUACUACUACAAGAAAGAUCUCUUCUUUUCAGGCCUUAUCAGCACUCUACUGGCGAUCAAUCAUUCGAGCUCUCAAUCUACCUCAUAAUCAAGUCACUAAUUGCAGAUUAACAACCAAUAACAGACACAGACUACAUCCACCUUUGCCAAAAGAGUAUUUUGGUAACUGUAUAAGCGCGUUGAAAACAACUACAACAGUUGGUGAACUACUUGAACAUGAUUUAGGGUGGGCAGCAUCACUGCUGCACCAGUCAGUGAUAAACCAUGGCGACAAAGUAGUGCGUGAUUUUAUCAACCGGUGGCUGAAAUCGCCUGAUAUUUUCAAGCUCGAAAAACUGACGGAUUCUUACAGUGUAAUGAUGGGAAGUUCUCCAAGAUUUGACAUGUAUGGAAAAGAAUUUGGACUAGGAAAGGCAGUAGCUGUUCGUAGGGGGUACGCAGACAAAUUUGUUGGAAAGGUGACUUGUUAUCCUGGAUAUGAAGGAGGUGGAAGUGUGGAUUUGGAAAUAUGUUUAACUCCGGAUUCUAUGGAAGCUCUUGAAUUAGAUCAGGAGUUUAUGGAUAAUGUCUCAUUGUUUCUUAAAGGGUACCGAAUUAUAGAAUAA